AUGCCCGGUGUCAUCAUGGACAAUGCUAAUAUGGAUGGGUCUUCACGAAGGCCUGGACUUCACCAAGCCACCAAUGGCGCAUUGAGUCCGAUGGGCGGAAAUGAAAAACUGGGCUCACGGGCGACGCCAAACGGGUCGUCCCACGUGAAUGGCACAAGUCGCGACUCGGAGAAAUCAGAUCAGCGUACGAAAGCGCUACAGCGAGCUCCCACUCCCUUUGAAAUUCCACACAUCACCCAAGGCUUCUUUCCGUUCGGAACGCUCGUUCACCGAGCGGUGCAGAAUUGCUGGAAUGAGCUUACAGAAUUGAUAUCGGAUUUGGCGACGAUUCAAGUACCCGCAGAUAACAAUACAAAUGCGCCUGGCGGGAGCGGCAAAUCGUCGGGGAACCAAACGGCACAGAAUAUGCACAAAAAGCUUAAGAUCUUGGAAUGGGGACACGCAAGGAGAGCAGAGUUCAUCAAACUUCUCGUUCUCUCAGAAUGGAGUCGUCAUGCGGCAGAGGUGAGCCGGCUUAUCGAUAUUCAGGGCUUCAUUCGUAUACGGCACCAAGCCUACAUGACGGCCAUGAAUUCGGUGGGAAUGAUGAAGCAGGAUCUUGUGAGGGCCCAGGUGGCCAACCCAGACCUGAAAACCGCACUCGAGGUUCUCGCCAAGGGCAAGGUUGCCUCAUUACCGGAUUUUGGUUACAAGCCCCCCAAGCCAUUGUCAGCGCGAACUGCCCUGAAGAAGUUGCACAAGAUCAACCGAAUUAUCAGCGCAAGACUCAUACUCCAAGACCAAGUGCCACAUGCCUUGCGAAACUAUCGGGUUCAUGACGGCCGUGUGACCUUUACGGUAGCCGGUGAAUUUGAGCUCGAUCUUUCGGUCGCCCAGGAAGCAAAGACCAGUCAAUUUUUCUUUGUCGACAUCCGCUUUCUCUUCAUGCCUUCUUCCUCUAUUCCAAAGGGUCGGAUUCUGGACGAGCUCGAAGUGGAAAUCAAUCGAAUUCUCUUCAACGACGGGCUGCUCGCAUGUUUCAACUUCCUCCAUGGGCUGGUUCUGACGAACAAAGUCAACACUCUCUUCAGACAGGCUCAGGAUCUUUCUCGGGGGACAUGGUCCGGUCUCUUGCGGAUUGAGCUUCUCCAUCGUACUCUCGUCGUACAAUACUGGACAGCACGGGCAGGACCUAAGAGCUGGAUCGAAAUUGGCAUUCGACGAGGUAGCGGUGAUCUCAAAACCGCAGUGCCACAGUUGCACCUCCGCUGGAUGCGCGACGGUAAACAAACGAACAGCGCUGGAGUCAAGUUUGACACCGACUCACUCUCAAUGGAGCACAUUCUCCGCAGCGUUAUCGCGCUCCACAUUUCCCAUGUCCUUUCUCUCGUCUACACAACUCUGAAGAAGCAUCUGCUGUUCGCAAAUCACGUUCUUACCUUGGGUGGCAAACUCUCGUCCUCUGAGCCCAGUGACUGCUUUCUCAACGUGCAAUUGACAACCACACGUGAAUUGCGCGUCUCCAUUGAGCCUCAAACCGGAACCCCUACGCUGUCGGGCACGCCCAGUGUGGUGGAACGGCCAGAACCAGGUCCACCAAAGCCAGUAGUGGAAGAGCUACUCGGUCGGAUUGCUCGCCUUCGCUGUACCACUGCGAUGGAUGAGGUAGAGUCCAGCUCCAAGGGACUUGGCUUGGAAGGGGUCAAUCCCAGGAUAGUGGGGAUGGACGUGCGCAAGUUGUUCCCUCCCAACACGCUGCGUUCCGCAUUCUUUACACACCACACCUGGGACCGCCGCUGGAUUACUGCUGUAACGAGCAGCAUGGACGGUGAUAGAUGGUGGCUCGUUCAGCUUCGGCCCGAGGCUGGGCGGCCCACACUCGCCCAUGCUGUGAGCAACACUAUGAUGGGGAUUGGCCGGCGAACGGAUUACACUGCAUGUGCAGAGCUCGUGUACGGCCUGACUGGGAUUUUGGCGAUUUAUGCAAACGCUCGCUAUCUAGCGGACCUACCAGAAGCGCGCUUUCAACCGGUGCUGGAGAAGCUGCAGCUUGAAGAGGACCUGCUGGUACCCGAUCUGUUUGUCGAUUAUGAGCCUUCCACAUUGCCCAAGCCUCUGCAAAUAGCAUUGCCGCAUUCGUACCUCAAGAAUGGGUCAUUCAUUGAUGGUGCCAUUCGUCUGUCUUUCCAAGGGGUCGAUCGAGAGCACAAUUCCACCAUUCUCGUGGCACAUGGGAAGCUCAGACGUCGCGUCAAGUCCUUACAGCUACUCAUCACGCAGCUAGACCCGGAGCUCCUUGUGCAGGAUCAGGGGGGUGGGUUUGCGCUUCGCCUGGUUGUUCCGGCUGGGCAGCCUGCAAUAUUUGGACUUUUUGAGCGCCUGCAACGUCUCGACUGCGCGAUUUAUCUCCUCCAAAAACUCAUUCAAAAGGGCAUGGAGCCACGCUCAAUUUCACUAUCGCAAUGCUCUUUCCUCUACGGCCCCGAAAAGAAGAUGCUUGCCAAAUUCGGCCUUGAAGUUUCCGGGCCAGCAAUCACGAGCGACACCGACAUUGGCCAACUCAUGUCUCGAUCUGACCCGAUCUAUCAAUUGCGUCUCAAGCUCAGCUUUGAUCGCCCGAGUCCACAUCGACGCAUCCAAGAAUCCCUCACUUUCGCGCUCAAUGAUCGAUUUGCUGAGACUGGCAUUGACCACGUUCUUUGUUUGAUGGCUGAUUCAUUCCCCAUUCUCUGCAGCUUUGAUGAGAUUGUGACCAAAUCCGCAUCAUCGGAGACAGCUCUGGUGUACAUCACCGUCCGCAGCCCCACGAGUUAUCAGAUUCACUACCCCCGACAACGGUAUCGGUUUAGUCUAUUCGCUCACUUGCCACGGGGCAAGACUGAAUGGGUGCUGGACGACGCGAACCGAGAUUGGCCGUCGACCGAACCUCACCCUGUCUCGGCCGUGGUCCGAGAGCAAAUUUACAACGCUCGGGGUGAUGGGUGGCAGGGCCUAGGGGACGGUGCCAGAGCAUCCAUCCAUCGUGUGGGGAAUCUUCUUCACAAGCUGCACGACUGUCUUGGGACAUGCCCACCCGUACCUGAACCCGUCAAGAGAGGUGCCAAUGACGCCGCGAGACCCUCGAUUCCGGCCAAGUCCGAGAUCCAGCCACAAUCACUGAAACCCGUCCCUCCACCAGCAGCCAACCCGACGAACGUGUCGCCGAAAAAGAAGGCUGCAAAGGGGAACAACAAUGUCAUCACCAUUGAUUGA